UCAGUGUGUGUGUUUGUGUGCAUCAGUGAAUGGGACAGCCGUGCCAGCUCGCCACUGCUGCUGCUGCCACUCUGCUGGAUGAGGAGGACAGAUGUAAGGCCGGAGGAGAGGAGGGAUACAGAGAGGAAGGCGGGUGGGAGAGAGGCCCAAAUAAAGCCAUGGGGGCCAGAGCUGGGCUGAGCCCCCCUUUGCUAUAAAUACGCUGGCCGCCUGCAGGUUCGGGUUUGGUGGUUGGGGCUUGAGACCUGUGACCACCACUGCUGCUGCUGCUGCAGCCCUCCUCAGCGGAGUCCCCUCUGCAUACUCGUCAUCUUCAUCCUGGCCAUCCAGGUUCUGGGGAUCCAAGAUGCCUCGAGUGGACGCGGACCUCAAGCUGGACUUCAAGGAUGUCCUUUUCAGACCCAAAAGGAGCAGCCUGAAGAGUCGCUCAGAGGUGGAUCUUCAGAGAACUUUUACAUUCCGUAACUCCAAGCAGACCUACACGGGCAUCCCCAUUAUAGCAGCCAAUAUGGACACCACAGGAACAUUUGAGAUGGCCCAAGUUCUCAGUAAACACACUCUCUUCACAGCAAUUCAUAAACACUACACCGUGGAAGAAUGGAAACAGUUUGCUGCUGAUCAUCCAGAAUGUUUAGAGCAUGUUGCUGCCAGCUCAGGAAGUGGAACAGCCGAUCUGGAGAAGCUAUGUGCCAUCUUAGAAGCCGUCCCUGCUCUUCGGUACAUCUGUCUGGACGUGGCCAACGGCUAUUCUGAGUACUUUGUGGAGUUUGUCAAGAAAGUGAGGGAAACAUUUCCCAAGCAUACCAUCAUGGCAGGAAAUGUUGUAACAGGAGAGAUGGUGGAGGAGCUCAUCCUGUCUGGUGCUGAUGUAAUAAAAGUGGGCAUUGGACCAGGAUCCGUGUGCACAACGAGGAUAAAAACUGGAGUGGGUUACCCCCAGCUGAGUGCCGUCAUAGAGUGUGCAGACUCAGCACAUGGUUUGAAAGGACACAUCAUCUCUGAUGGUGGCUGCAGCUGUCCAGGAGAUGUGGCGAAAGCCUUUGGGGCCGGGGCAGACUUUGUCAUGAUGGGAGGAAUGCUCGCAGGCCACGACCAGUGCUCUGGGGAAGUAAUUGAAAAGAAUGGCAAAAAGUACAAACUCUUCUACGGCAUGAGCUCUGACACAGCCAUGAAGAAAUAUGUGGGCGGAGUUGCUGAGUACAGGGCGUCUGAGGGUCGGACGGUGGAGGUUCCUUACAGAGGGGAUGUAGAAAACACGAUCCGGGACGUCCUCGGGGGGCUCCGCUCCACCUGCACCUACGUGGGUGCAGCCAAACUCAAGGAGCUGAGCCGCAGAACCACCUUCAUCCGCGUAACACAGCAGUCCAGCCACAUGUUCACUUAGGAGCAAACAUCCAGCUUGAUAGAAACAGUUUCCCUGCAUUAAUGCCUGUCUAUGCAGAGUCCUGCUGGGAGUCAGUCGGACCGAUUUCACCUCACAAACACAACACCUGUGCCUCCGUUUCUCUGCUGUCAGACAGAAUCAAGUUUGUUGGUAUUCUGAGUCAAGACAUCAUAACUGCAUUAAGAAAUAAAAAAAACAGCAAAAGCAUGUUGGCUCAAAGAACCUCAGUUUUAGGAAAGACUGGGAUUAGAUGUUUCUAAAUCUGCAGCAUUUUUAAACUAAACACUUCAUGCAAACCUGUUGCCUUAAGGUUAUUGAUCUGGAAUGACAUUAUGCAAAAUUCUUUAUAAAAUGUCAAUAAACUGCCUGAACAAUUCUCUGCUAAUUCCUAUUUCUAAAACAUGUCUGACGUCUGAAAAAAUAACAAAACCUUUUCCAUCCUGUCUUCCUGCUUGCAUGUGCAUGCUGUGGUCCUGGUGAGCUGCAAUGCAAAUGUAUAUGUGGAGAAUACGGCAUUAAAUAAUGCAAAUAUCUAAGAAGCAGGUGCUUUACUGUCUUCAGUCAUCGUCACAAUUCCUAAAUUUCAAGCUUUGUGCCUUCUGCAGCAACAGGAAUGACACCACACCUUCAAAUACAAACACGAAUCUCUGCACAGAAAGAAGAAAUGACUGAUCAGACAAUGUUUAUGUCGUCUUUCUAAAUAAAGUCAAACCUACACCUGAA